UCCAUGGGAAAAUUAGUUAACGUAGAGCAUACUAUCACCCUUAGGUAGACAAAAAGCAUACUACGCAUUCGGGUUCCUGAUGCGUGAAGCAUCUGCUAACCGAUAACUUGGCUGGCCUUCUGCACGACUAUCUACUCUGCCAUCAUGGUAUAUUUUUUAUAAUGCCCUUAUCCUCCAUCGCGUCGGCUCAUACGAAUAUUUCUUCAUAUGUAUCUGCUUUUACGUAUUCAGGUUUGUCUUCAUGAUGUUUCCUACACGAUGCGCUGUAAUAGCAGCACUUUUGAUACAUACUGGUUUUUUCUAUUGGUUAAGCUCUUUGGCGUCAUUACGAUGUAGUAUUAGAAAAUAUAUUCUUGAUGUGGUAAUUCAGUGAGGCCAGUAGUACUUUGGAGGUUCUAACGAGUGAGCGGAAUAACAUUAGCCAACAAUUCGCUAAUGAUAAAAUUUACCGCCUUAGAUGUUCGCAGUUAUAAUAUUCUAGGUAACGGAACCGUGUACGGGAAGACCAAGUCGAUCAUGGCAUGGAUGAUCAAAAUGGUUUUAGGUUGUUAGUUGUCGCUAAUGAGAACUAACAACGGAGGAACAGCGACCUUCUUGUAUAAGUGGCCGUUUUGUAAGCAGGCGAGGACUCUUCUACCUCACAGCAGCAACAUGACUCCAAUACGAUAUUUAGGGUUAACGCCCUUGAUAGCUGCAUUUUUUUCAAGAUUGGUUAAUGAAAAUAUUAACUUUCAUAAGAACGGUCUAAAUAUUACUUAUGACUACAUCGUGGUAGGAGGAGGAUCUGCUGGGGCUGUCGUAGCAAGUCGAUUGAGUGAAGAUUGUUCAAAGACGGUUCUUCUGCUCGAGGCUGGGGGAACGGAGAAUCAACUCUCAGAUGUUCCCCUAAUCGCAGCGACUUUGCAGGGAUCGGCACUUGACUGGAAAUACAAAACCGUGCCACAAACGAAAUCAUGCUUUGGCUUGUCAGGUCAGCAAAGUUUGUGGCCACGUGGAAAAGUCCUUGGCGGCUGCAGCGUGCUUAACUACAUGCUGUACGUGCGUGGGUGUCAUGAAGACUAUGACAGAUGGGAGGCGCUUGGCUGUGAAGGCUGGUCGUGGAAAGAUGUCUUUCCUUAUUUCGUCAAAAGUGAGGAUAACCAAGAUCCUGAUAUACGAAAUAAUGGGUGGCAUGGAAAGGGUGGUUAUUUGAACGUACAACGUACGAAAUACAACACCGACUUGGCAAGAGCUUUUAUUGAAGCCGGUAAACAUCUUGGCUAUUCGGAAACGGAUAUUAACGGCGCGCGGUGCACCGGCUUCAUGGUGCCCCAAGGCACAGUCCGUAAUGGAUCGCGCUUAUCAACUUCGCGAGCUUUCCUCGAACCGGUCAGGGAUCGUCCUAACCUUCAUAUUUCCCUGUAUUCAAUGGCUACAAAAAUUAACAUAAAUCCUACUACAAGACGUGCUGAAUCCGUACUUUUUGACCGCUUUAACGUCCCCACCCUAGCUUACGUCAAUCGGGAAGUAAUUGUCUCAGCAGGGGCCAUAAAUUCGCCACAGCUCCUUAUGCUGUCUGGCAUUGGUCCUUGCGAUCAUCUUUCUUCCUUAGGCAUAGAAUGUUUGUUUGAUCUCCCCGUGGGUGAAAACCUGCAGGAUCAUAUUUUUGCGGGAGGUGUGAACUUCCUUUUGAAAAAUCCUGCUUCUGUCGUACAAUCUCGUGUUUUCAAUGUAGAAAGCAUGCAGUCGUAUCAAAACAACGGUACUGGACCACUUACUUUACUUGGAGGAGUAGAGGGCAUCGGCUUCAUUAACACAAAAUACGCCGAUCGAUCAAGAGACUGGCCGGACUUCGAGCUACAUUUUGCUGCUGGUUCACCUGUGUCCGAUGGAGGACAAAGCCUACGGUUCGCCCACGGGCUCCAACCAGACAUUUGGAGGGACGUCUAUGCAGAACAUAACUAUGAAGACACUAUCUCCAUAUUUCCUGUCAUGUUGCGACCAAAAUCAGUUGGAUUUCUCAAGCUAGCUUCUGCCUCGCCAUAUGAUCAUCCCCUCAUUGAUCCGAAGUACUUCACUGAUGAGACCGAUAUUCUGGCCAUGGUUGAUGCCAUGAAAAUCUGUAUUCAACUUGUGCAAACGCCGGCAUUCCAGAAAUAUGGCCCUGAAUUAUGGGACAAACCAUUCCCAGGGUGUAAAAGUUAUCCAAUGUACUCCGAGGAGUAUUUAGCGUGUGUUGCACGGACCUACACCUUGACACUGUAUCAUCCGGUAGGCACCUGUCGAAUGGGCACCGCUGGCGACCGACGUGCAGUAGUUGAUUUUCGGCUUCGGGUUCAGGGUCUCCAAAACCUACGCGUGGCAGAUGCUUCCAUUAUGCCGGAUAUUGUUUCAGGUAAUACCAACGCUCCAGUGAUUAUGAUUGGAGAAAAGGCAGCUGAUAUGGUCAUCCGAGAUAACAUCGACUCGUAACGGAAUUGGACCAGAGUGCAAACCCAAAACACUAAAGUUGAUGCGGUAGGAUCUCUUUUCACCGCUGUCUCACUUUCGUGUCACAUUACAAAUCAAUAGUGAAUCCACAUAUAUCAAACCCUGAAACAAAGAUCUGGCAUGGAACUGGAUUCAAAUAGAAUUCGUUCUCUCAAAGAGGUGUGGCUGUGAAAUAUUGAGAACUAAAAUAGAAGCAUUCUUUUCUAUAUCUAAUUUUUUACUCUCUUAUAUACCACUAAUCAGCAUUUAUUAUUAUAUAGUGCGGUGAAUAGGUCUGGGCGUUCAAAUGUUUCGAGUUCGAACACAGUCGAACUUAUGGCUUAUGAUAUCAACCUCGCUAUUGCCUUAGUCAACAUCGAGACUAUUCGCACGAGCUGAAACCUCUUCACACCAACAUACCACAACAUGCACGUUAAAGAACUUCAUUAACUUAAAUUGAAAAUAACUCAAUAGCUCCCACAAUUCUUUGUAGUUCUCCGCUUGCAAAGACUGCCUUGCCUACGUUGAACAACUUCACACAUAUAAAAAGUCUAUUUGCUAGGCAAAAAGCUAGUUUCAGAUAAUAAAACGGAAAUUCCUUAGAAAUCACGACUGUGUUGCUUUCGGACGUUUACUUCAGCAUAGAAUUAUACUUGCAACAGAUAUUGUUCAUUAUAACGCGGAUACAUUUUAUAGGCGCUGAUAUCACUGACGUCUAGUUUUUCUUCUGAAUUAGGGAGCUAAUUUAAGCAGUAAUAGCUACUAAUAAUAGCUCUUAAAGCUCUCCUAU